UAUAAUAAUGUUUUCACGCAAAGUCCCAAGUUUCUUCAUCUCCUCCCCUCCCCCGCAUAUACGCUUCCUCGGUAAGAUUCCCCAGAAAUUCCAUCCCUUCGAUCGGAGAUUUUCGCCUCACUUGGGGGUAAAAGCCCUAAUUUUCCUCUGUGGUUCAAAGGAAUCGAUCCGAUUCUCUAUUUCGAACGGCGUGAUCAAACUCUUAAUUAUGAUCCAUUUGGCCUUGAAUUGGUGGCUAAGCGAAUGAUUCAUACUAUUUCAUCAGCAAAACAGCUUUGCAAAUGGCGUCGUCACGCCUGAAGAUACUGAAGAACAAAAAGGAUAUACAGAUCAAGCAGUUGAGGAGAGAAUUGGCUCAAUUGUUGGAGUCUGGGCAGACCCAGACAGCUAGAAUUCGGGUGGAGCAUGUCGUGAGAGAAGAGAAAAUGGUGGCUGCUUAUGAGCUUGUUGGAAUAUAUUGCGAACUCCUCGUGGCACGCUUGGCUGUUAUUGAUUCACAGAAGAAUUGUCCCACCGAUCUGAAGGAAGCUGUGGCAAGUGUCUUAUAUGCUUCGCAAAGACUAGCAGAUGUCCCGGAACUCUCAGACAUUGUUAAGCAUUUCUCAGCAAAAUAUGGAAAGGAUUUUGCUACUGGUGCUGUUGAGUUGCGUCCAAAUUCUGGCGUGAGUCGCUUGUUGGUGGAGAAGUUGUCUGUAAAAGCUCCUGAUGGUCCAACAAAGGUCAAAAUUUUGAUGGAAAUUGCCAAGGAGCACAACAUCGAGUGGGAGGCGAAAUCCUUCAUGGAACCAGAUCCAAAAGACUCCGAAGUGCUGAGUGGACCGAGUUCAUUUCAGUCAGCCAGUAGAACACAUGAAGAUUCUCCAAGAGCCCCUGACAAGGAACCUCCAAACUUCCAAGCUCCACCUGCUGUCAAUGUUCAAGAUGGAUCAAGUGAAAGAAAUCAUGUCCCUGUAAACCCGUAUACACACGAUGAAAGAAAAUCUUCAACCCAUGCACACAACUUUACUCCUGAUGUUAACCUCGGGAAGACUUCAGACAGUUAUCACCCCAAUGCAAGACCGCCUGGGUAUAGGACUCAUGCAGGAGAAUAUAGGCAUCCAAAUCCAGACGAUGAGAGUAACUCUCACAGGAGCAGGCGCAAGUGUGAAAUGGAAUUUGUAGACGCCACAGAUGCUGCUCGUGCUGCCGCUGAAUCUGCUGAAAGAGCAAGUAUAGCUGCAAGAGCUGCUGCAGAACUUUCGAGCAAAGAAAGGAUGAUGAGGCAGAAUUCCACGGAUUCACAGAGCUCGCUUUCUUCUUAUAGUAACAGAAAUGAACAUCAACAUAGAGGUAGCAGCUCGAAUUUGCAGAGUGAAGGUCGUCCUUCUCCAAGAAGAAAUGGUAUGCAGUAUGAAGAGAUGGGCAGUGCCAAAAAAGAUAACUUUAGCAGGGUAAAGGCAUCAGACCAUUUUGAGGAUGAACUAUCAGAAACUGAACAAGGUAGAAGGGGUAGGCAUUCUCGGGAGAACUUGGAGAUGAGACAGACCGAUUCCUUUGCUAAAUCAAAUAGGGAGUGGCAGCCGAAUGAACACGAUCUUGAUGUUGGCUACUCGGAUGAGGUUCAAAUAAGAAAACAAUCAAGCCGUGCUUCUUCACGUUCACAUUCAAGAACCUUUCCUGAUGACCAUGCCGUUGCCUCAAAUUAUAUCAAGUCACCGAGUUUGGAGGAGAAUAUUUUUGCAAGUGCUGACAAAUACCAACCUCAGAGAAGCCCUGAGGAAACAUAUCACCAUGAUAUCGGUCAUUCUGCUGCUGCUUUUGAUGAGUAUGACUCAUUUUUUGAUAAACCUCGAUUUGACAAAGAAGGAACGUACAAUGAUAAAUCGGACUAUGGACUGGGAUCUUCUUUGCUGGGCGAUAAAACACAUGCUCGCGAAGGCACGAAUGCUUGGAGCUCGGCAGGGCACAUAGAUAAAUCUCCAGGAAAACUCAGCUCAAUCCCACAAGCUUUCCAAGAAAAGCCAACUUCCCCAGUGUUUGAUUCUACAGGUCCUGCGGUUUCUUUCCACAAGCCAGAACGGUCUGCCAAGUUUGACGAUUAUGGCCCAGAUUCUGAAAGCGAAGUUGACGAGCUAAGCAAAAAGGAUGAAAUUUCUGGUGAAAAGCCGGUAAAAGAAAGGCUGAAGUCAUCGACAUCUUGUUCAUCCCCCAGGUUUCAAGACCCUGAUGAACUGGGACAUGAAUUUUUUCCUUCAGAUGCUGAUGAGCCCGUGUAUGAUUCCGGAACACGGGAAGAAUCAGACUCAGAGACGCAGAUGGGUCUGAGGUUUGGAGCUUUAACUGGUGGUUUAAAAAAUAAAAAGACGCGCCCUCCAUACAGAAUGAGUCCAGCAAGAGACGCUACAUUGUCUAAACCGGAGAAAGAGUAUACUAAAACUGAUGUUGAUCAGUCAAUGUCAUAUUCGCCGUCGGCUUCAUCUAGAAGUAACAGGAAAGAGCUUUACACUGAGAAAGCAAGAAACUCCGAGAAAAAGACUAUCUCUGCACCUCCAGAUCCAUCUUCUAGUGAUGAGGAUUCGGAGAAGGAACUCCCGGGAAGCAAUUCUAUUAGACAGCAAGAUAGAAGAACCAAGACGCAGACCCGGGCCUCGUAUCUUCGCUCGAUUACCAGAAAUCAAGAGAUGACCGAUAAGCAAACAACAGGAGCGAGAGACCACAAGAGACCAAACGCCAAAACCCAGGCAUCAACUUUGAAUCUCCUUUCUCCAUUCAGUGACGAUGAAAACGAGAACAAAGUCCGGGAAAACACUCCACCCACCAAUGCUAAGCCGAAAAUUGAAUUCUCUCGACGAACAAAGAGUCAGGGGAAAGCUCCUGAGAAAAGUUCAUCCCCAGCAAUAGCGAAAACCGAUAAAGGGUCUUAUGGUCAACAAUCUCCGACCAAGUCACAGCCAAAAGAGCAGCCAUUGUCAGCCUCAAGCUCUCUUCCAAAGGUUGUAACAUCGGCCAACACAGAAAACGCCGAUGCUUCAUCUGUGGAGACUCCAUCAAAGGAGAGGGCCAGUCAUGUUCAUCCAAAGCUCCCGGAUUACGAUGACCUGUUGGCCACGCUCGGGUCUCAUCGUCCAAAUCGACGUUGAUCAUACUAUUAACUAGUUUGUCCAGUUUCGUCUCCUCCCAUUCUUUUCCUCAAAGUGAUACUAAGAAUGAAUUCCAUUUCCUCGUUAUUCAAUAUGAGAAGUAGAUAGAAUUGUUAUACGUUCAUACAGAUGACUUGGUGUGUAAGGGAAUAAAUGAGUUUGUUCUUGUUCAUAUUGAAGUAACAUUUUUGUGCAUGAA